UUUCCUCCACUUUUUUUUGACGUGGACGCGCAGAGGGAACACUUGGAGGAGCUGUAUAAACUAAUGGGUGGAUCCCAAGGAGAAUUUCCAGCCCGGUGAUUUGCUAAUCGGGGUCUCUUUGCCUUGUCAUUUUCCUGUAAUCGUGGGUCUUAGUUUUUGCUGUGCUUGCCCAGCCCUCCUGCCGGUCUGGCUCCUAGGGUAUCGACUGCUCUCUGUGCGCUUUGAUUAAAGCCCAAGUACCUUCAGUCUGAAGGCUGGGCGCUGGAAAGAAAGAUCGUAGGGGCCUGGAGUGGCUGAGCGACGAGGCAGAAACUCCUCACUUAUGGCUUUGUAGUGCAGUAUCCAUCACAUUUGGGAUUGUGGAAGGGACGUCAUUUCAAAUCACUUGAAGUCACCUAAGUUUUGUUCACUUUUGUGGGCGCCGACCAUGGAGAUGCAAAGGUGGUCCACAAGGUGGAAAACGAAAAGGUGGCUUAUGGAUUCCACUGUAACCGCAUUCAUCACUUUAACCCUGGUUCUGCAGGCUACACAUGUCAGAGCAGCGGAACCAGUGGACGUGCUCAAAGUAUUAGAAUUUCACAAUUCCCCCGAAGGAGUUAGAAAAACAUCAGGAUUUUGCACCAACAGGAGAGGAUCUCAGCCGGACACAGCCUACCGGGUAGGGAAGCAGGCCCAGAUUAGUGCUCCCACCAAGCAGCUCUUCCCAGGGGGAGUGUUCCCUGAGGACUUCUCCAUCCUGGCCACGGUGCGUCCCAAGGCGGGCCUGCAGUCCUUCCUGCUGUCUGUGUACAGCGAGCAGGGCGUGCAGCAGCUGGGCGUGGAGCUGGGACGCUCGCCCGUCUUCCUGUACGAGGACCAGAGCGGGAGGCCGGCCCCCGAGGACUACCCCCUGUUCCGCACCCUCAACCUGGCCGACGGAAAGUGGCAUCGGGUGGCCAUCAGCGUGGAGAAGAAGGUGGUGACCAUCAUCGUGGACUGCAAGAAGAAGAUCACCAAGCCCCUGCUGAGGAGCGACCACGCCGUCGUCAACACCGACGGCAUCACCGUGUUCGGCACCAGGAUCCUGGACGAGGAGGUGUUCCAGGGUGACAUCCAGCAGCUGCUGAUCGUGUCGGACCCCAAAGCAGCGUACGACUACUGUGAACACUACAGCCCGGACUGUGACACCCCGCAGGGCCAGACUCUGCAGGCCCAGGAACCCGAUAAUGAGUACACUACUGAUGACUUAGAUUACAAUGAGUUCUAUGAUUACUCAGAGGGAGAAACACAGACUGUCCCGACUGACGAGUACUCUGAACCUCAGAGAAAGAGACGUAGUGUCUACAUGAAAAAGAAGAGGACCAGAAAGGCCCUUAAGUCUAAGGCCAAGCCCUUAAAGUUCCUGGCCUCAAAAAAAUCGGCAACUAAAAAGUUAGCGGCUAAGAAGAAGAAAAAGAUGCCUGGUUACCAGGCAACAGCUCCAGCAGCGAGACCCAGAGUCAAUUUUAGGCUAAACAGUGUAGGCGGAGAGUACUAUACUGACACUGAACUUGACUACGGAACAUUAGAUCAAACUCAGUCUCCCUUUGCCACCAGCGGACCAACCGAGGCUGUGGAGGAGGAAGCUGUCGGUGACUAUGUCACCGAAGCCACCCCCUUUGGUCAGGAGCCCACCGCUGUCCCGGAGACGGUGUACAGCGUCAACCCAGGAACGGACGCGUACGACUUUAAGGAGUAUGAUCUAAAGGAGUAUGACGGGGGCGCUUUUGACAGGAAGCAGUAUGAUUAUGGGAUGUAUGAUGAGUUUGGCACGGCGCUACCCAACCCCACGGUCGCCUACGACAACGAGGUGGGGCAGGGGGUUCCCGCGGAAACGGACGUCUCACAAACCGCUAUCGCCGGAGUCGGCGCGGCGUUCGGUGAGAAGGGCGAGAAGGGGGAGCCCGCCGUCAUCGAACCUGGUAUGCUGAUUGAAGGACCACCGGGACCUGCAGGUCCAGCUGGUCUUCCUGGUCCCUCUGGUCUGCUGGGACCCCCGGGCACCGCUGGAGAUCCAGGCGACAGGGGUCCCGCUGGGCGCGCUGGGCUCCCUGGGGCUGAUGGUUUGCCAGGUCCCCCUGGUACCAUGCUGAUGCUGCCUUUCCGGUUCGGAGGCGACGGAGAGAAGGGUCCGGUGGUAUCAGCCCAGGAGGCCCAGGCCCAGGCCAUCCUCUCCCAGGCCAGGCUUGCCAUGAGGGGUCCACCAGGUCCGAUGGGUCUCACGGGAAGGUCUGGCCCAGUGGGUGGUCCCGGUUCAUCCGGGCUCAAGGGAGAAGGGGGUGACCCCGGACCUCAGGGCCCCAGAGGGAUCCAAGGCCCCCUUGGACAGCCAGGGAAGUCAGGAAAGAGGGGUCGGGCCGGCGCCGACGGAGGCAGAGGGAUGCCCGGAGAGUCCGGCUCCAAGGGGGACCGAGGUUUCGAUGGCCUUCCUGGAUUGCCCGGGGACAAGGGACACAGGGGUCCUAGAGGUCUCCUCGGCCCACGCGGCCCUCCUGGUCCCACUGGUCAGCCCGGCGUCGCUGGUGUGGACGGCCCUCCCGGCUCCAAAGGAAACAUGGGGCCCCAAGGAGAGCCUGGUCCUUCUGGUCAGCAGGGUAUCCCUGCCACACAGGGUCUCCCAGGUCCUCAAGGCCCCAUCGGACCACCUGGAGAAAAGGGACCUCAGGGAAGGUCAGGGUUAGCUGGACUGCCAGGAACCGACGGACCUCCUGGUCAUCCCGGGAAAGAGGGCCCUCCUGGAGAGAAAGGAGCUCUGGGUCAGGCAGGGCCUCAGGGGCCCGUCGGCUACCCAGGACCCCGUGGUGUCAAGGGUGCUGAUGGAGUCAGAGGCCUGAAGGGAGGAAAGGGAGAGAAGGGUGAAGAUGGUUUCCCUGGUUUCAAGGGGGACAUGGGACUCAAAGGUGACAGGGGAGAGCUGGGGAUGCUGGGAUCGCGUGGUGAGGAUGGACCGGAGGGUCCCAAGGGACGAGCAGGUCCAAACGGAGAGUCAGGCCCCAUGGGACACGCUGGAGAGAAGGGGAAACUGGGAGUUCCAGGAUUGCCAGGUUAUCCAGGAAGACAAGGACCAAAGGGUUCAUCUGGAUUCCCUGGGUUCCCGGGAGCCAAUGGAGAAAAAGGAGCCAGGGGUGUAGCGGGCAAGCCAGGUCCAAGGGGGCAACGAGGUCCGACGGGUCCACGAGGUGCUCGGGGUGCGCGAGGUCCAACAGGCAAGCCAGGCCCUAAGGGCACAGCGGGCAACGACGGUCCCCCUGGCCCGCCUGGUGAGAGAGGACCUCAAGGACCCCAGGGCCCUGUGGGCUUCUCAGGACCGAAGGGCCCCCCUGGACCCCCUGGGAAGGACGGUCUGCCCGGACACCCUGGCCAGCGCGGAGAGACGGGGUUCCAAGGGAAGACAGGCCCACCUGGACCAGGAGGCGUGGUUGGCCCUCAGGGUCCCACCGGAGAGACCGGCCCAGUGGGAGAGAGAGGUCACCCCGGGCCCCCAGGCCCACCUGGAGAACAGGGUCUACCUGGAGCUGCUGGCAAGGAGGGAGCCAAGGGAGACCCAGGCCCUCAGGGAGCAGCAGGGAAGGAUGGCCCAGCCGGGCUCAGAGGGUUCCCAGGAGAGAGAGGACUUCCUGGAGCAACGGGUCCCGCUGGCCUGAAGGGAGGAGAAGGCCCCCAGGGUCCCCCUGGCCCAGUGGGUUCCCCCGGUGAAAGAGGAGCUGCUGGAACUGCAGGACCAAUCGGCUUGUCCGGUAGGACUGGCCCCCAGGGCCCCCCGGGGCCUGCUGGAGAGAAAGGAGCGCCCGGAGAGAAGGGUCCCCUGGGGCCGGCGGGCCGUGAUGGCAUCCAGGGUCCGGUGGGUCUGCCGGGCCCUGCUGGACCCCAGGGCCCACCUGGAGAGGACGGGGACAAGGGAGAGGUCGGUGAACCUGGUCAGAAGGGAAGCAAAGCAGACAAGGGAGAACAGGGUCCUCCAGGACCAGCUGGUCUUCAAGGCCCAAUCGGAGCUCCUGGACCUGCUGGGGGCGAUGGAGAGCCCGGGCCCAGAGGCCAGCAGGGAAUGUUUGGCCAGAAGGGAGAUGAAGGAGCCAGAGGGUUCCCAGGUCCACCUGGUCCUAUCGGUCUGCAGGGGCUUCCAGGGCCUCCUGGUGAGAAGGGGGAGAACGGUGAUGUCGGGCCCAUGGGCCCUCCAGGUCCGCCCGGGCCCAGGGGUCCCCAGGGUCCUAGUGGAGCUGACGGCGCCCAAGGUCCUCCUGGUGGCGUCGGGGCCAUGGGAGGCGUGGGUGAGAAGGGUGAGAAUGGAGAGGCUGGGAACCCUGGGUCUCCGGGAGAGCCUGGAACUGGGGGACCUAAGGGCGAGCGAGGAGACAAGGGAGAGGCGGGGCCAUCUGGAGCCGCUGGUCCCGCCGGGGCCAAAGGACCCCCUGGAGAUGACGGCCCCAAGGGAAACCCUGGACCUGUUGGUUUCCCUGGAGACCCUGGCCCGCCUGGUGAGGCUGGUGUUGCUGGUACCGAUGGUGGAGCAGGAGAAAAGGGAGAAGAUGGAGAAUCUGGUCAAACUGGGCCCCCUGGUCCAUCUGGAGAGGCCGGCCCGCCCGGACCCCCUGGCAAGAGAGGACCCCCAGGAACUGCCGGAGCAGAGGGCAGGCAGGGAGAAAAAGGCGCCAAGGGCGAGGCGGGAGCUGAGGGCCCGCCAGGGAAGACCGGCCCAGUUGGCCCCCAGGGGCCGUCGGGGAAGCAGGGGCCAGAAGGCCUGCGAGGGAUCCCCGGCCCUGUCGGUGAACAAGGACUUCCUGGAGCCCCUGGACAAGAUGGCCCACCUGGGCCCAUGGGCCCUCCUGGUCUGCCUGGGCUCAAAGGUGACCCUGGCUCUAAGGGUGAAAAGGGUCACCCCGGUCUUAUUGGUUUGAUUGGCCCGCCUGGGGAGCAGGGAGAGAAGGGAGACCGCGGGCUGCCAGGACCUCAGGGCUCCCCUGGAGGAAAGGGUGACAGCGGUAUCGGUGGAUCCUCUGGUCCUCUGGGUCCGCCUGGUCCUCCUGGUUUGCCUGGUCCCCAAGGCCCCAAAGGAUCCAAGGGUUCAAGCGGUCCUUCCGGUCAGAAGGGAGACACUGGUACCAUCGGCCCCCCUGGUCCUCCUGGCCCCCCCGGCGAGGUGAUCCAGCCGCUGCCCAUCCUGUCCUCCAAGAAGACGAGGCGCUCCAGCGACAUGCAGUCAGACGCAGCGGGCUCCGUGAUGGACUACGGGGAGGGCAUGGAGGACAUCUUCGGCUCCCUCAACAACCUCAAACAAGAUAUCGAGCGCAUGAAGUAUCCCAUGGGCACCCAGAACAACCCUGCCAGGACCUGCAAAGACCUGCAGCUCUGCCACCCCGAGUUCCCCGACGGCGAGUACUGGAUUGAUCCUAACCAAGGCUGUUCUGGAGACUCCUUCAAAGUCUACUGUAACUUCACCGCAGGGGGCGAAACCUGCAUCUACCCCGAUAAGGAAUCCAGUGGAGUCAGAAUAUCUUCAUGGCUCAAGGAGGUGCCAGGCUCGUGGUUCAGUGAAUUUAAGCGUGGUAAAAUACUGUCGUACGUGGACGCUGAGGGCAACUCAAUAAACAUGGUUCAGAUGACCUUCCUCAAACUACUGACUGCCUCUGCCAGGCAGAACUUCACCUAUAACUGCCACCAGUCCGUCGCCUGGCACGACGCCACCAGCGACAGUCACAGCAAGGCGCUGCAUUUCCUGGGCGCCAACGACGAGGAGAUGUCGUACGACAACAACCCUUACAUCAGGACCCUAACAGACGGCUGUGCGACAAGGAAGGGUUAUGGAAAGACGGUGGUUGAGAUCAACACUCCCAAAAUCGAUCAGGUUCCAAUCAUCGACGUCAUGGUCAAUGACUUUGGGGAUGCCAACCAGAAGUUCGGAUUUGAAGUCGGCCCCGUUUGCUUCCUUGGCUAAAACAGAAUAAGAAAAGAAAGAAUGGAAGAAAAAAAAAAAGGAAAGAACUUGGCGGAAUCCGAAAAAUCAAAGAAAGUCAAGUCAAGACAUUUUGGGAACCACCAUAUCCCCCAGCCCCCACCCUUUCUAUGCCACAUGCAAGUUUUGAAUAAAAAUAAAUGGUGUAGCGAACAAGUCUUGCCAUGUAUGUAUGUAUGUAUUGCCCAGGAAAAUACUUGUUGCCCUUGUAGGGCUAGAACCACAUGACGUAACCCUGUUAUGGAGAGAAGGUGAAGGACAUUGGAAGGUGUGGCAGAAAAGGGGGAGGCGGAGAUAACCGGAGGAAGGUCUGACAGGUGAGAAAGAGAGACCUCUUUUUUGGGUUCUCCAGGUGCUGUGUAAAAAAAAAAUGACUUCAAUGGUGCUUGUUCAAAAACACACAAAAAAACAAGAGGUGCUAAGAGAGAA